AUGUUAGAUUCAUCUAACUCACAGGAUUUACUAAAUAAAACGGUAAGGAAUAAUGAAGAUGAGCAAACUACUAGAACGGAUGCCUUAAAAGUAAACAAUAAAGAAAGGCUCCCUGAAGUAGUUCCAGCCAUUGUCAUUAAAACGAGGAAUAAAGAAGCUGACAAAAUCUGCGUACAGAUAGUUAAAAAAAACAUUACAGCAAAUACCAGCGCACAAAUAAAAAAUGUACUAUCUACAAAAUCAGGCUCAGUGGUUGUGAAAUGUAAAUACAAACAAGAUGUUGCAAGAACCAAGGCGGUGCUUGCAGAAAAACUUGGUGACAAUUAUGAAGUAGAACAAGAGAAAAUGUGUGCUCCCAAAAUAAAAAUUUAUGAUAUUGAUAGUGACAUGGACAAAGAAGAAUUGAUGGAGGACAUUUUUUUAAAAAUAAGUGGAAUAUAUAGAUGUCACGAUAUUGAUAAAGAUGAAUUUAUAAGAAACCUGAGUAGUUAUAUAGAUGCCAAUUCGAAAGUUAAAAAUCACAUACUCGUUGGCGAUUUUAACAUAAACUUAAAUAAUACAGAUUGUCACUCAGAAUUACUUUUGUCUUGUCUUUUGGACAUGAACUAUCACCCAUAUUUCAACAAUACUACAAGACCAAAUAACUACAACGGAUCGUGUAUAGAUAAUAUGUUUGUUAAAUCCAAUAGUAAUAAUUUAAAAUCUUUUACCUAUAGUCAAACACUUACUGAUCACUUUCCAUUUAAUAUUGGCAUAGAUUUAGCAACUAAGAUGAAUAAUAAUGAUAAAAAUACUAUAUAUAACAUAGAAAAUAAUGUAAAAUCUAUCUUCUUGAAACCUACUGAUAGUCAGGAAAUUGAACUG